AUGCAUCACGGACAGAAUCCAAAAAUUCUCCACGGCAUCGGGGUGAAGUUCAAGUCUCUUGCUCUUGCUGCACCUCUGAUGGAAAACUUGUUGCAGUAUGUCGCCAACGUACACAGCGAGUCUCUCCAGGCCUUGCUGGGGGAGGCGUUCUUCCUUCUGGGGAAGUUGUACAUGCUCAUGGAUCGAGACCACGUCGGCCUCAUCACCUUCCAGAACUUCGUCCACUUCUUGCACGAAGCAGGCAUGUACGGGGAGCAGAUUGGAAAGAUGCAGAAUAUCUUUGUGGGAAUGGAUGUGGACAAGAACGGGACGCUCGACCUCGCCGAGUUCCUCUGCAUGAUGUACUCCUGGGGGAGCUCGGGCGAGAGCUUCGACAAGAUGUUUGGAGGCUGCAAGGAGAACGCUGCUGUGGUCGACAAUGCCUUCAGGAUCAUGAGCAUGGCCUGGGCCAAGUACGACAGCGACCGGUCGCAGGAGCUGCAGUACUCCGAGCUGAUCCACUUCCUGCAAGCUGAGCUGCCUGAGGCCUUUGCGUUCGCCUCCGCGGUCGUGGAUGAGAUCUACCCUGAGCAAGUCAGAUCGGCACAUCCUCUUUGUUUCCGCAGCUUCAUGCACCUGUUGUUCUUGCUCUUCCAGAGAAUUCCGGGGAGCAAGCUCGUUCAGUUCGACGGGACGAUCCACGAGGACAGCGACAAGGGAGGACAGGGACCAGAAAGCACAAAGUGGAAGCUGUAUGCGUCUGCGUUUGCGGGCCUGGAAGGUGAAGAAGACGGGAGGAAGGAGGACGUGGAGGGGGUGGAUUUCAUCUCUUUGGACAGAACCAAGGACGGGAUGAUUGACAUCACUGAGAUCUGCCAGCUUGUCGAUCUCCGCCCGACCUACGAGAAGCUUGACAUCUUGACAAGAUUGGAGCACAAGUUUCGCAUGGUAGACGAGGACCGGAACAACACUCUCGACUUCUACGAGUUCGUUGCACUUGACGGAACUUACUCGGAGAUGAUCCCGACAUCGCAAGCUCGAGAGAAAAUCUCCAGGAUGUUCACAGUCAUGACCGGCGACUACAUUCAGCAGGACAAGAACAGGACGGGAGUCCUGACCAAAGAUGGAGUCUCGGGAUUCUUCAACUGCAGCUUUUCCAUGGUCCCUGCCAGCCUCGACGGUGAGAAGGAGGAAGCGAAAAAGAAGGAGGGGAAGGAAGAGAGAAAGAUGAGGAAGAGGAGAGAGAGAGAGGAGGAGAAGGGGAACAAGGAGGGGGACGAGCACGAGCACGAGCACGAGCACGAGCACGAGCACGAGGGAGAGGAAGGGUUUAGGUGUUUAGUCCACAGCCUCGAUCCUUCUCAGAAGACCGUCGACAUCGCUGGGCUCAUCAAGAUCCUUUACCACAUCAUCUUGCCAGAUGGUCAAUUUGACAUGGAGAAGUAUCAUCCCCAGCACAGCAAGAUGGAGUUUGCGAGCGUUAAGCUCCCAGAGGCUACGACAUCCUCAACUGAGAAUAAGCGAGUCUCUCCAGUCAUCAACAGCAAGUUUGUCAAGGGCAAGAUGCUCGGGCAGGGAGGUCAGGGUGCUGUCUACCUUGGGAGCUACGAGGGAAUCAAGGUCGCUGGCAAGGAAAUGCUGGAAGGACCAACUCCACAAGUGUUGGAGGAUCUGAAGAAUGAGGUGGAUCUCCUCAUGAAGCUCAACCAUCCCAACUGUCACUUCCUUGUCGGAGCAAAGACUCACUCUGAUUCUGAAGGUUUUCCCCUCCUCCUGACGGAGUGGAGGUUCGGGUAUGAAUGCGCGGCGGGGCUGGAGCAUCUCCACAGCUUCGGCUACAUGCAUCGCGACCUCAAGUCGCUUAACGUCUUCGUCACUUCCAACUUCGUUGCCAAGGUCGCUGACUUCGGCAUGGCCACCAACGAGCCCACGGCCAGUGAUCCUGCUGGGACCCCUCAGUGGAUGGCCCCUGAGGUUGCGAUCAAUGUCUUCGGCCAGAAGUCUGUUUACGACAAGGUGGAGAAGAUGAUGCGAUGCGACAUCUACAGCUACGGCAUCAUGCUGUGGGAGUUCUACACCUGCUCCUGUCCUUAUGCCGAGACUGGGAUGCAGCAGAUGGACAUUGCCCUUGCGGUGAUCAACCAGCAAAUCAGACCCACCAUGCAGAUGAAUCCCAACUGGCACCUCGUUGACCCCACAGGAAAUGCCAGGAAGCUCAUUCAGCAAUGCUGGAGCCAGAACCCGGCUGAGCGCCCGCCAUCCUUCACCCAUAUCCUCGAGGCUAUGCGUCAGUUCGCUCCAGCUAGCUAG